GAAUUAAUUUUUGAAAUACAUUGAUGUUUUUUUCUUGUUAACAACAAAUGAAAAUGAAAAUGCAAGUAGAUUCUAAAACGUGUUGUGCGGAGCAAUCCCGGAAAUAGAAAAUGGACCCUCAUCCAAGCGCUAGAACAAAUCAAAAGUCCUCAGGAAACUCUAAAAAGGACAGACUUGAUUUAAGCACUCUAAAUGAAAGCUUAUUCACUUGGAACCAUGCAUCAGAGAAUAACAGCUUUGCAUCCAAAAAAACAGGGAAACAGCAAAGUAAAAAUGUCAGAGAUAGCCCUGAAUUACCAGGAAUAAAUGAAAGAUUAGGACAUCUUCGACCUUCAAGAGAAUUACUAGAAUAUUACCGCAAGAAAAUUGCAGAAUAUGAUGAUGAACAUGAACAGCUAGUGAAAAAACUUGAAGAAUAUAGAGUAGCUUAUGAAGAACAGCAUACUAUGCAAUGGGAGCUCCGUCAAAGAGAAGAAGAAAUUGUGGAGUUGCAAAAGGCACUAAGUGACAUGCAGAUUUAUUUGUUUCAAGAAAGGGAGCAUGUUCUGAGACUGUAUGCUGAAAAUGAUCGACUAAAGAUACGAGAGCUGGAAGAUAAGAAAAAAAUUCACACUUUGCUUUCACUUGGUGGAACAGAGGGUGGAGAAGUGACUUACUUUAUCAAGGAACCACCAGCUAAAGCAAUUGUUGAGCAGAGACAUAAGCAGAGGGCUCAGGAUAUUAACAAUAGUGCUGUGCCUAUCCAAAAUCUUGGAUCAAAAGCAGGAAGGAAAAAGCAAGUAACAACUGGCCCCAAUAGAUCUUCUCUAAUUCAGCUGCCAGAAGAAAAAUUGACACAAGAAAAUGAAUUACUCACAUUACAGGUGGAAUCACUUCAGGCUCAACUUGGGGAGCAAACAAAGCUAGCCAAGGAGCAGCUGGAGGCUCUAAUGGAAGACAGAAGAGUUAAAGAUGAGGAGUAUGAAACCAGAAGACAAAGAGAUGAAGAGAAAAUAAAAACACUGACAGAGAAGUUACACAAGACACAAGACCUACUGUAUGAAAGCACAAAAGACUUUUUAGAGCUACGUUUUGAAGGACGUGCUAUGGAAAGAGCAUGGAUGGCAGAGAAAGACAGACUGUUAAGAGAGUUGGAUGUCGCAAAACAACAAGCAUCUGCAAAAAUGAAAGAAACAGUCAUAAAUGCAUCUUUUAAUGAGAAUAAAAUCGAUCCAGAAGAAGUAAAGUCCCUUGAAUUUCAACUCAGUCAAAGUCAGAAACUGGCAGACAACUACAGAGAACAAGUCAUACAGCUGGAAGAUGAGUUGUCUCGACUUAGAGAAGAAGGUGAUGUCACCAGAGAGGUUUUUCAGGAUCGCAGUGAAAAGAUGACAAGCCGGCUCCAGUUAAUGAAUACUCGUUAUCAAGAUUUAGAGAAAAGGCGAAAUCUUGAGGUCGAAGGCUUUAAGACAGAUAUAAAAAAUUUAAGAACUCGACUGAAGGAUGUGGAAAAACAAUUAUAUAAGGUUACUUUAGGAUAUACAGAGGACAUGAACUUGAAGCGACCAGACGAUAUAGACAUGCAAGUUUUAACAAAUGUUAGACGUACUGCUGGACGCUCUAAGCAGUUGGUUGGAGAACUCAAGCAUCUUAAAGCAAAAAUUUACGGGUUGGAAAAUGAUCUUAGACAUCUUUGAGUAAUGAACUAUGCAGUUUUGAAUAAUCAACAUAGCUCAUGCUAUAGAUUUUUAUGUAGUACCCAUGAUAUAGAGUCUGUAGUUUUGUAACUUUUGAAUGGGGCUUAAUCUGAAUUAUUAAGCUAAUUAUUAGAUGUACAUAACUAUUAUCUUGUCAUACUAUUUAUUCAUAUAUUUCUUGACUGUAUCCUGUUAUUUCAUUUGUUAUACUAAUUUAAUUUGGAAACUGUUAUAUUUGUAUGAAAUAAAGCUUGCAUGUCUUUUAUUUGACAUUCCAUAUUUUUGUAAAAAUCGAUUUAGAAUUAACCAAGUUUUUAUAUAUUUUUGUUUAAAUGGUCUUCUAGCAUUGUAAAACACAUAGCCUAUAUUGAAUUGUUAGAUUCACCAUUUCACUUGUAAUCAAAUUUGUUGUAUGAAGUCUACAUUUAUAACUGUUUUCCGUCCAAAAUGGUGUACUCUUUUUAAUAAAUGUAAUUUUUUUUUAAAUUAAA